AAUCUAAAAAACCAUGCAGAAGGCGAUCAAGAAGGAGCUCAGCUUCUCGCUGGACACUCUGGAGCGCUACCGGGCAAAAUACGGACGCAGUGCGUCCUCUGACACGAAUGGGGCUAGCACUAUUCCGAAUGUGCCGGCUCCCGGUGCCGAUAUACUACCGCCUCCCCCAGCUGCUCCACUGCCAGUCUUCACAAAAUCUAGUUCGCCUCCAAAGCUGACCAAGCUGCAGGAGCUCCAGCAAAAGAAAGAGGCCUAUCUGAGGGCCAAGGAGCACGAACGGGAAAUGGAAAAACUACAGCGUACGGAGAGGAGACUGGAGGCAGGAAAGGUCAGGACAGCCAGUCCGACAAAGACCUCUCCCACUCCCAGAACUGGGUCCCCGUCGACAUCCUCCACCACAGCGACAGCGGCUGCCACCAAAUCCCCUAGCACAGCUGGCUACUCCAACUGGUCCAGCCAGCAUUCGACCCUCUGCUCCCAGCCCUGGGUGGCCAUUUCAGAGCUGAUGUACUUCUGCGACAAGUACGAGUUCACCACGUUGAGUACUCGAGAUCUAAAGACACACCAGGAGAUCGUGGCCGAGGUAAGGGCGUUGCUCUCCGGAAAGGCACCAUUUGAUCAGCGCACCCGCUUCCCCGGCAACAUCCACGACCCGGAGAACCUGUGGGUGUGCAUCGGGCGCUGUGCCAGUGUGGAGUACCAUCUGCAGCGCAUCAUUAGUAUCUUCCGGAAGCCCCUCAACCAGCUGACUCCGGACAAGCAAAGGACCGUGCGUCAGAACUUCCAUCUGGCGGUCAGUGAGCUGCGGCUGGACAUCUCGGCUCGGAUCAGCGAGGUGCGACUCUAUGAUCGUUUGGUCUUCGAGCGAGAGUUCCGUCUAGAGUGGCAGGAAGCGGAGGCCUAAGUAAUGUGAAUCAGUGAGGUGA